UUCAUUUACAGAGAUGUGGCUUUUAAUCGCUUUGGACGUCUCCUCGAGAAAUAUGAGCUCUUAAGAAAUAAUUUUGCAAUAUUGAAAUGUUUUGUUUUUUCAGUGACAGGGGCGUUACUUUAAUGAUAAAGUCUGUCUUUUUUUUCUCUCUCUCUGUCUCAAAUCAUGCCACGUUUGAGAUUACGCAUGUGAUGGGCUGAGCAAACGCAAAUGAUCAUCCUCCUCCUGUGCGUAAAGCUGUUACUAGACCUCCAACAGAAGACUGACGCCCCCCACCACCACCCCACCCUUAAAAGUUACAGAAGUUGCCCUCUUCUUGUUUGCCAUUUAUAUUUUCAUUUUCUCCUGGAGCCUUGACUUUCAGCUCUCAGACAGCCAGCUGUGCGCCGGCCCGCCCCAGCAUGCUGGACUGACGUCUGAGGAAUGGCAUCGGCUGUUUUUGAAGGGACGUCGCUGGUCAACAUGUUUGUCCGGGACUGCUGGGUCAACGGGAUCCGGAGACUCAUCAUCAGCCAACGGGGAGAGGAAGAGGAGUUUUUCGAGAUCAGGACUGAGUGGUCCGAUAGGAACAUUUUAUACUUGCAUCGGAGUUACUCCGAUCUUGGGCGGCUGUUUAAAAGACUCGUUGAGUCUUUCCCUGAGGACAGAAGAGACCUCUCCAAGUCUCCACUGAUAGAAGGACUGGUAAAAAUCAAAGAGGCGAACGACAUAGAGGAGAAACUGAAUGAGGUGGAAAGGCUACUGAAGAAUGCUAUCAACAUGCCAUGCAAGUAUUCCAGGUCAGAGGUAAUGUUGACUUUCUUUGAGCGGUCACCGUUGGACCAAGUGUUGCGAAAUGACAAAGUCCACAGAAUCCAGCCAUGUUUUCAGAGCCCCAUCAAGAUAUCAGAAAUCAUGCGGUCGAAUGGAUUCUGUCUGGCCAAUACAGAAACCAUCGUAUUCGAUCACAGUCUUCCAGAAGAAAAAGAGAGACCUUCAUCCACUGACUCUGUGGAACAUACGUAUGAGGACGGAUCAGAGUUUUUGCCAGUGGAAUCAGACCUGUGUGAUGAGGACCCAGAGGCGUAUGUCACCAACCUGUCCUACUACCACCUGGUCCCGUUUGAAACUGACAUCCUGGAAUGAGGAACUUACACAACAGAUGCCUGCUGAUGGACAUCUGAUCCUAUCGUUGAGGAGUACGCACUCUUAAAUGGAACCUAGCUAUGCAACGCUGCACGUAGCUGCUCCGAUUUAAUAAUGCUGCUGAAAAGACCAAAAUAUUGGAACAGCAACACCACUUAUUCCUCCUUAUGUGACGUCACCGGUGUGCCUCAAUCGGAGCCUUAUUUAAGUAACGUGAACUGGAUUGUCUGUAGACCUCCUGCAGAAGGUUUUUUAGGUGAUGCAACACAUCCUGUAGCAGCCAUUAUGCAGGUUCUCAAUCCUCAGAAACAUUUUGAAACAUGCAGCAUCUAAUAUAUCAGAAUCUGUGGUUUAGAGUAUGACUGCAAUCAGAGGAAAUGUUCCUUAUUGGACCAUUCACCAUUACAUAUAUACAGUAUAUAUAACUUUGUGGAAUUUACCAGCUUUCUGUCUUUUUCAAUAAGUCGUUGUAUCUUCAGCAUUUAACUGUGCACAGCCAAUUCUCCCAUUGGACCUCUACGAUGGCAUAGUGGGCCUUUGGAUAUCGCCUUCUCCUGUAAAAUGCUCCUUCAUGUGUAAUCCAGUGUUAACCACUCUGGUAUGGUGUACUUCCUUUGGGAAUACAGGAAGCUUUGUGUAUGAUUUUUGCUUAUGGUGCAAUUUCCACCAGCAUUUAGGAACUUUAAUGUUUUAAUGUGCAGUUGAUUCCUUGGCGUGAGAGUACUGUAAAGAUGCAAGUGAAAUGAGCAUCAAGAAAAAACACAAUAUUUUAUGCUAAUAGACUCCAAUUUGUUCGCAUAAGAAUUAGAUUAAUUUGUCAUGGUUGUAUGCAGAUUAUGCUUCUCUGCUCACUUGUUUCUUGGGCUACUGUCAAGUUGAAGAAUAUAAAAGAAAUAUUAAGUGUCAUUAUUGUUUUGUUGCAACACACUCUUUCCAAAGUGAGAAUGUAAUGCUGCCUUUUUGGGUGCCUGUGAGAAUUUUAAUGAAGUUUUGCCUGAAUAAUGCAUUACAUUGUAAUUGUGUUAGAUGUGUAGCUUGUAAAUGUUGCUUGUUUUUGUGUUUAUAAUUAUUUGACAUAUUAGAGAAGAGAACAAGUGUUUCCAUUAUAACUGAAUCAUCUCACUGCUGUUGUUGCUGUCUGAGUGAUUAAAACAGGGCAAAGAAAGCUUUGUUUUAUGGGUCAAUGGAGGGCAUAUGUGACUCGGUCUGUAAGAUGACGUGAGUGGGCUCGGUCUGACAGUUGACUACAGUCUUAGUGAAUGUGGGAGUCUGCAGCUUGGCCUGCAAUAGGGGGAACAAACCCUCUCUUUAUCUAAAGAAAACAAAUGACCUUUGCUGUACUAAACACUUUCUAUAGGAAAAGUUAUGUGAAAUAGGCAAACAUUUGAUUGAAAUUCAUGCUUUUUCUAUGUUUUUGGGUCUUCCCACAAUAAGGAUGGUGCUUUUGCAAUGUGUUUAUAUGUUUUUAAUGCAACUGAAAGGCAAAAAUGUAUAUUUGUUUAUGGCUUAAAAAGUGUUUUAUUUAAAGUUUAGUCAAUGCAGAAGUCAUUGUGGCCAUACAAUGUAGGCAAAACAGCUUGCGUCCAUUUUUCUGCCAAUCCAAAUACAAAGGCAUUCAGCCCUCACAAUCUUGGCACACGAGACCUCAACAGGAUGGUCCUCCGCAUGAGUCUAUUUAGUAACACAGUCAUGAUCACUAUUCACCCCGUGAGAAAGUACAGCUCUUUCUCAGGGGAGCAAAACUUGGUGAGAAAUGUUUUUGUCUUGAAUUGAUAUGGAUAUUUCACGGUCAUAAAAUUCAUGCUGAAGUAAUCUCGCUUGCAGACAACUACCCACGUUAAUGGCAAUAUCAUUCAAUAAUAACAAACUGGAAUUUCUGAUUUAAAAUAUUUGACACCAAAGUCACAUUUUCUCUGCAAAACAGCUGCUAGACGUUUAUCAAACCAUGUGAAGAUUUAAAGCUAUGUCAAGACCCUUUUGCAAGCAUGGGGCAGUGCAUUAUAAACAUUCAAGUUAUGGAUUAAAUGGUACUCAACCAAUCCUGUGCAGUGAGUUUAAAAAUGUUUAAAAAUGUCAGUGCAGACACCCAUCAUGCCAGCGGGGGUGUGAGGAUUCAGAGGAGGACAGUGUGAUAGAUAUUAAUUAAAUAAUAUUACACAAAAGUUGGUAUUUAUUUGGUAAACUUCAGCCACAUUCUGUGAAGCUAACCUUUCGACGCCUUGUAAUUUAAUGUCUACGUGUUGAUGUCUGAUGUGAGAUCUUUUUUUUUUUUUGCUGUGUAAAUGUGUCAAAACAACGGACUGAAUGAAGAUAAUCCUCAUUAUGUGGUCACAUGUUUGGAAAACUUUAAAGCUAUUCUGACAGUAUUAGAUACAAAUUAUCCUUGAAGAUUCUCAAAGAAAUAAAUAUGUUUUCAAUAAAAUGAA